AUGAAAAUUCGUUAUGAGGAUUUAUAUGAAACCAAAAACUAAUUAUUGGGAUAGGGUGCUUUUGCUUAAGUUUUUUUAGGAGUUAAAAAAUCUAAUAAAUAAAAAGUGGCUGUGAAAAUUAGCAAUCGAAAUCUAGCUAUUUCUAAAUAAGAAAAAAUGAUUCUAAAAUAACUCUCACAAUUUCGGCAUCAAAAUGUAGUUCAGCUUUUAGAUAUAUUUGAUUAAUAAGAAGCUUUAUUUAUAGUGUAAGAAUACUGUUCUGGUGGAACUUUAUAUGAAAUGAUGACAACUAAAACCUUUUCUGAAGAAUAAAUUGUUAAUAUAGCUUUAUAAGUUGCUCAGGGCAUAGCCUUUUUGCAUAGUAAAAACAUAGUACAUAGAGAUAUUAAACCAGAAAAUAUUCUUAGACAAAUUGAUGAACAGGGAAUGGAAGUCUACAAAAUUACUGAUUUUGGUUUAAGUAGUGUCAAAUUAGAUAGAAUGACAACUACUAAAGUUGGAACUGCCUAUUAUGUUGCUCCAGAAAUUUUAGAUAAAUAAUAAUAUGAUAAAUCUGUAGAUAUUUGGGCACUUGGCCUAAUUAUCGAUGAAUUACUUCACAAAACACCUUUCUAUAAUGGCAUGUCUGAAGAAGAGGUAUUCUUUAAAAUUAAAACUACAAAUUACAAUAUUAGAGAUCAAUAAUAUGCUUAAGCUACUAUCUUCGAUCAUAAAAAAAAUGUUAUAAAAAGCUUAUUAUUAAAUUCAGUUCAAAAAGACCCAAAGUUAAGAAAAGAUCUCAAUUGGAUUAUUUAAACUCUUAGUGAAUAUUAUCUCCAAAGUCCUAGUAGUUUUGAUAUACAAUAAAAUAAUAACAACGAUAGAUAUCUGUUUACAGAUAAUUCACUCAUUUCUUAAUCCACUCUUUGUGAAUUAACACAAAAUUUUCAGUUACCUACUUAUUCUAAUGAUAUACAAUCUUAAUUUUAAGAUUGUCCUUUUCAUCAUCAACCUAUCCGAUACAGAAUGCCAGGAAUCAAUGAUAAUGCAGUUACUAAUGCAUGUUAAAAAUGUUUAUAAAUUUAUGGAAUUUUUGAUCAAAUGGAAUUCUAAUCCUAUUUAUCAUAAACAAACUUUGAAUUGAAUUCCUUCUCAGUAGAUUCCUAUUUUUCUUAAAAUGAAAUUAUUAUAGAAGCAUUGAGCUAUCUAAACUAAUUUAAAUUAUUUUAGGAAAAAGAAAAACUUGUAUAAGAAUUGAGAAACAUUGUUAUUAAACAUCAUAGAAUUUUAAGAUAAGAAUACAUUCAAUAUUAAGAUGAUAUUAAAUCAAUGAACACUAAUGCUAAAUGGAUUAAUGAAGCUUUGAAGCUAAAUCUAACUAUUUCUCAAGAUAUGCCAAAUAAAAUCAUUCUUUAUCUAACCUCAAAAUGUUAAGAAAAAAAAGAAAUUACACUUUAAGAAUGUAGAUAAUUUAUUAAAGAACAACUUAAAUUACUUUAAUAGUAUAUUGAGUCUAAAUUAUGA